AGGUGAAGCAAGGACUGUGGGUGCCAGGUUCCAGCAACGGUUGUGAAGCCUCUGUGCUGAAUAAGGUCUCCAUCUCUACGGACGUAAUGCAUGUAUGGAGAUCAACUAACAAGGUUCUGAGGACCCAUCGUCAAGCUUCCAGUGUCGCUUCAUUCACAUCUGACCGCCUGGGGCGAUACGCCGUACCAACGCCGAAGAUCCUUCCGCAACCAUGAUCAAAAGAGUGGUUGGCUUGUUAUAAUAACAAGCUGAAGGCUAUGGAGUCGUGGCAGCCAAAUCCGCGCGCUCAGCCUUUCGUUCCAAAGCGAAGCCAUGGACUCUACAGUCCACAGACAGUAAUAACACGUCCGCUAAAUCGGAAACGCAUUCUAACGAAAAUAUUCAAGGCCCUGCUCGUCGUCGUGCUCCUAAUAACGAUUGGCAUCAAUGUGAUGUUCAUCAUGGACACCAGUCGCCGUCUUCAGGAAGAAGCCUUCCGCGCCAAGGAUGGAGGAGAGUUCGUUGAUGGCGAGAGCAGAAGAAAUAGCCUGAGGCUGCAGGAAAGUCAGCCCAAAUCCCUAGCAAUAGAUGUUCUCUCCAGCCAAUCCAAGGUGUCUGUUUCAGUUGAUGGUACAACGAUUCUGGAGGACAACGAAGAGCAUAAGGGCCGAGGAAUACAUGUUCUAGUAUUGAACCAAGCAAGUGGAAGUGUAAUGGCACAACGAAUAUUUGAUACCUAUUCCCCACAUGAAGACGAGGCCAUGGCACUAUUUCUUAAUAUGGUGUCAGAUGGAAGGAUAAUCAUUUUUGCCAUAAAGGAUGAAGGAACAUUUCAAAUGAAACAGCCUGCCCGAGAUUUGUUGAGACGUCUUGGCUCUAAGCGUUCACAAGUAAUAGGAUGGAGAGAUAUGUGGGCAAUGGUAACACAAAAGGGCUCAAAAAUGUUUGGCGAAUCUUAUAGUAAAAGCACUGAAUUCAAUACCUGGGGAGCCCCAGUUAUGCUCCAUGCAGAAAUUCCCCUUGUACCUGCUGAAGACAGUGAAUGUUAUUGGCCAGACAAUGAGGAAAACAGAAGGCGAAGGCAGUUUUGUAACCACAUUGAAGGUUAUGGAAGUGUCUGCAGCUGCCAAGACCCUGCACCAAUAAUUUUUAGCCCUGAACCAGUAAUAAACAACAAGGUCCAUGAUGUACCAGUUGCAAUCAUUGCCAGCAACAGGCCACAUUACUUAUACAGAAUGUUGCGGUCCCUUCUGUCAGCCAGUGGUGCAAACCCAGAAAUGAUUACUGUUUUCAUUGAUGGAUACUUUGAAGAACCACUGGAAGUUACUAAACUGUUUGGUUUACGAGGCAUUCAGCACACACCAAUUGGAGUUAAAAAUGCACGGAUAUCCCAACAUUACAAGGCCUCUUUAACAGCUACCUUUAAUAUUUUCCCACAGGCCAGAUAUGCAAUUAUUGUAGAAGAAGACUUAGAUGUGUCUCCAGAUUUCUUCAGUUAUUUUAGCCAAACUCUGAGGUUGCUUGAGGAAGAUGAUUCAAUCUACUGCAUCUCUGCCUGGAAUGAUCAAGGAUAUGAACAUACAAGUAGUGAUCCAAGCUUACUAUAUAGAGUAGAAACAAUGCCUGGUCUUGGCUGGAUACUAAAACGAUCUCUUUACAAGGAUGAACUGGAAUCUAAAUGGCCAACUCCUGAGAAGAAGAUGUGGGACUGGGACAUGUGGAUGCGCCUUCCCGAAGUACGAAAAGGAAGAGAAUGUGUCAUACCUGAUGUUUCCAGAACAUACCAUUUUGGAGCAUCAGGACUCAACAUGAAUUCAUAUUUCCAAGAUGUGUACUUCAAAAAGCAUUCAUUCAACACACAGCCAUACGUUGAAUUAAAAAAUAUAGACAGUAUCAAGAAAGAUAAUUAUGAAGAAGUGAUCAUUGGAAUGAUAAAGCGUGCUAAUAUUUUAGAUCACAGCAAGUCACCAUGUGAAGAGAGUUUUGUCCCAGAAAAAAAGGGAGAAACAAAUGUAAUGUUCAUUAAAAUGGAUGAGCCCAAAGACUUUGCAACAUGGCUUCAGGUUGCUAAGUGUUUUAAAAUAUGGGACCUCGAUGCUAGAGGUCAUCAUAAGAGCAUGUGGAGGAUGCAUAUGAAAGGCAGUGAAAUGCUAGUAAUAGGAGUUCCAAAUUCAGAAUACUCAAUAUACAAGCCAUCAAACAUAACACCAAUAUAUUUGGAAGCUCAAGCAGAUAAAGGGAAGAUCAGGUAGCAGCUCCUUAUUGGUGGACAAGAUUCGUCAGACAUUUGUUGUCACAAUCCUGAGCCCCAUAUUGUGCUUUUUCAUAAGUACAAAAACUGAACUGCAUCUCAACAUCCAGUAUUUACAGAUAGUUCUGCAAACACAACAGUGGUGUGAAUAAAUGUUGAAUCAUGUGAUGAGGCAUGUGUGAGAACUGUAAACUGUGAUUUUUAAGGCAGUGGAACAACGUGAAUAAUAUAACAAACAUGAUGCACUGUGAAUAAAGAACAUUUCCCCUGUUAACUGUGACAAAAUGUGUAGGUGACUGCACAGUAAUGAAAUAAUUCCCAAUUUGCAAAGAUGUAAAGUACUCUCUAUGUGUAAAAAUAAAAUUUGUGAAUGUUGUAGAAUUGCCUGUUUUGCUCGCUAUUUGUGAUUUUACACACACUGAAUAAUUAAAUGUGUGAUUUACUGUUACCAAUAAAAUAAAGAAAUAUGGUAAUAUUUA